AUGGGCGACAUUCCCAUCCAGCUAGGCCACUACCGUCUCGGCAAGACGCUCGGAAUUGGCUCGUUCGGCAAAGUCAAACUGGCCGAACAUGACAUUACGGGCCACAAAGUGGCGAUAAAGAUACUUAACCGCAACAAGAUCCGCAGCCUCGACAUGAGCGAAAAAGUACGGCGCGAGAUCACACUACUGCGUCAAAUGCGCCAUCCACACAUCAUUCGUCUGUACGAGGUCAUCGACACGCCGACGGACAUUUUCAUGGUGCUCGAGUACAUUGCCGGCGGAGAGCUCUUUGACUACAUUGUGUCAAAAGGACGGCUGGCACCAGAAGAAGCACGACACUUUUUCCAUCAGAUUAUCUCAGGGGUCGAGUAUUGCCACUUUCAUCGGAUCGUUCAUCGAGACUUGAAGCCCGAGAACCUGCUUCUGGAUGCUGACAACAAUAUCAAAAUUGCAGACUUUGGCCUGUCGAACAGCAUGGAAGAUGGCGACUUUUUACGCACGUCGUGCGGGUCGCCAAAUUACGCAGCACCUGAGGUAAUCUCGGGAAGUUUGUAUGCCGGUCCUGAAGUCGAUGUGUGGUCGUGUGGCGUGAUUCUCUACGCGCUGCUGUGUGGCAGCUUGCCAUUUGAUGACGAGAGCAUCCCCAAUUUGUUCAAGAAGAUUCGAGGCGGCAUGUACUCGCUACCUAGUCACCUGUCCGAGAUGGCGCGCGACCUGAUUCCGCGCAUGCUCGUGGUCGACCCCAUGAAACGUAUUACGAUUCCGGAGAUCAGGCAGCACCCGUGGUUCCAGGUUGAUCUUCCGCCAUAUUUGCAGCAUCCGCCGGAAAUCGUGGAGCACGAGACUUUUAAGAUUGACGAAGAGUGCCUAUCACAAUGCUUGGCACUGGCGUAUGCAGCAAAUGUCGGGCACGACCAGCUUGUAGCACUGUUAAUGAGGCGGGAGAAUCAUCCGCUUCGCGUGGCAUACGAGCUCAUCCUUGAUCACAAGAACGCCAAGAUUCGCAUCGACGAAUUGCGAGAUGUUCGGACGGUCGAUAAUAAGCCGAAGACUUUCUCGACUCCCGAACCGAGCACUUUGUUGCUACCCGGACGAGGACCACUUCCCAUGGCAGCAUCGCCAUUGGUGACGCCCUCCUCAGCAUUGGCCGAUCCACGGAAUUUUGGCGGGCGUGGCUUGAACAUUCCGGGGCAAGGCCCGCGGAUGUCGAUUGCUGGAGGCAAUAACAUACCUGGCUUUGAAGAUGGUCACGGCUCCGCUGCCCCUACACCCAAGCGGCGACGGUGGUACUUGGGGAUCCAGUCGAAGAAAGAGCCGGCUCACGUGAUGUCAGAAGUGUACAAGGCGCUUUUCGUGCUUCACUUUGAAUGGAAAGUGGUAGCACCGUACCGCGUCAAGUGCAGAUGGCAGUCUUCGGGAGGAGACACAAAUGAUGCUGGUGGGACGAGUCCAGAAGAGGCAAUGCUACAGCAGCAAAUGCAGCGCAUCAAGAUUGGUCUCCAGCUGUACAAAGUGCAGCAGCACAUUUACCUGCUCGAUUUCCAGCGCCUUGACGGCAAUGCUUUCACGUACAUGAACCUGUGUGCCCGAAUCAUCACUGAGCUCAAGACGCUCUCGGGCAUUCGGCCGCUGGCGAGUGGCCAGGAUCCACGGUUUGGCAGUGAUGGCAGCAGCAACGUCAACUUGGUGCACAUGCAUCAGCAAAGCCCACAUGUCCAGGGCGCCCAGUGA